AGAUAGACAAAACCAGCAGGCAGGCGUUAGAGCAAGUCAGAGUGGGAGUGAUAGAGCACCAGACAGCAGGGUGAGAGAAAGAGAGGGCGAGUGUAUGUGUGGCCAGAGAGAGAGAGAGGACAGAAAGGCAGCUAGAGAGCUUGAGGGAGACGAUAGAGUGGGAGCGAUAGAGUGCUAGAUAAUGGAGGUGCAGUCGGAGUGUGUGGAGCCUCCUGUGGCCCCUCAGUGUGACCCCCAGCCCACAGGGAAGAUCAACAAAGCUGCCUUCAAACUCUUCGGAAAGCGGCGCACCGGAUCUGGCAUGGCCAGCUUCUUCUCCUUCAGGAACAAAGGGUCUACAAACAGCGGGAACAACGGGAAUUCUGACAAUGGGAAUUCUUUAAAUGGAAACGGCUCAGUGGAGUUAGUUAGGAGCAAAACCCACGAUGGACUAAUGAGCUCUAACAGCGAUGCUGAUGGACAGAGAGGGGAAGGGCUUGCUAUCCUGGAGGCGGGGCCGGUGAGGUCCCUCAGCAAAUCGCUGAGUUUCUUUUCUCUACUUCGAAGAGGGAGUUUUAGAUCUAGUGAAAAUGGAGGGGCGGGGCUUGUCAGAAGAGGGAGGGGCCUAAAAGGCUUUUUUAGCAGCAUGCGAUGGAGACGCAAGGAAAAAACAAACGAGGGAGAGGGGGAGGAGGUGGAACGAAAGACAGAGAAGGAUGGAGAUAUUGCCGACUCUGAAAAGGUAAAGGAUAUAACUCUCACCCUUGAACCGCCUCCGCAUCAUCACCAAGUGGAUUGUGGGAAUGCAGAGGCAUCACCUAACCCUGAGACUCUCAGUACUAGUGUUACCAUGACACCCCCACAGUGUGUUGCCAUGCCAGGGCCAUCUGGUGAGCCAGACUCCCCCUUUCCUUACACACCCACUGACUCGCCACUCCGCCCUCCCAUCCAAAAAGCCAAAGCCUCAAUUUCCAGCCUCACCCCCUCUCUCGCUACACCCCCUUUGGAUCGUUGCAGCACAGGUGACCCACCCUCAGAACCUUCGGUGGAUCGCCUCUGCUCUCUCCUCUUUACUGACGUCACAUCCCUCAAGAGCUUUGAUUCACUGACAGGCUGUGGUGACAUUAUUGCUGACGCAGACGAGGAGGGGCCAGUGGGUAAUGGUGGCAGUGGCACCAGCAGUAGCAGCAGUGGGGGAGGAGGGGGGAGUGUGGGAGUAGGUGUUGGGAGAGCUGUUGGUAUCACCAGUGCCAUAUCUCGGGGCUCCCCAACCAAACCCCCUCUACCUUCGCAGCUGACUCAGCCCAUGUUUUCGGUUUCUGCAAGCUCCGUGCCUUCUUCCCUCCCAGCCCGGGCCCGGGCGCCGCCUCCACCACAGCCGCACCCACCCGGUAGUGGUGUGGUGGCCUACAUGGGUGGAGGGGAAGAAAUGGCAAGUCCAGAAGGUGUGGACGAUGCAGACAUGCAGGGGCUCUGGCACAUGCUGCCCUCCAAAGGGGACAGCUCCCCUGCUUUGCCCCGAUCACACCAACCUGCCUCAACCACCCCGACUUCAACUUAUCCCCCACGUGCCACCUCCAACCCUGCCAGCAGCCACCUGCCCUCAGCGCACAGGAGCGCAGACCGAAAGGUACCCCAGGUGAAGGCGUUGGGGCUCAGUAAGAUUCCUGUAGUUGGUGCAGCAGGAGGCCGGGCAGCUAAACCCCCCCUCCCUCACACACAUGGCCGUCAUCCCACAUCACCUGGUGAAAAAGAGCCACUUAGUGAUGAGGGUUACUGGGACACUCCCUCUGCAACGCCCACAGCAACACCUGAUGAGAGCGGGCUGCAGCGAAACCAGAAGAUGGCCCUAUCACGCGACAGUUGCUCUGGAGACCACCUGUACGACCUGUACAAUGAUCCUGAAGGAGAGGAUGAAGAGCAGGAGGGAGAUGAAGAUCUAAAAAGUACUCCCUCUCCAUCCACUGAAUACAAACUCAGCCCCAGCUCCCAAACAACUCCUCCUUCCUCCUCCUCCUCUUCCUCCUUCCAAUCAAUGAAAGGCAGCACCAGCCUUCCAAGGGAAUCCAAGAUCCCAGUAAGUAGCAGACAAACCCCACCUCCCCACUCUGUAAGCCAGUCAGCCCUCUCGUCUGUUCUAGAGGCUGAAUCCCCUCCACCAAAGAUCCAGGCUCAGCCUCCCCCAGCUCGCACCAGAAUCCCUGUAUCCAAGGUGCCAGUCCGUCGUUCUGGAAACAAACCUGGCAGCACAACCAGAGGAACUGCCCACAAGAAGUAGCUCCUGUCAAACGGGUGAUUCCCGCCUACUAACUUAUGGACUUGAGUGUGCAUCACUUUAGUGCUGUUUAUGCAGAGCCAAAAGUUUUCCCAGACCAAGAAAAAUGUUGAGCUGUAGAGUUAACAGCCUAUAAAUUCCUCUCGAAUCUUAAAAGCUCUCAUUCCUUAAGUGUUUUGGCUUACGACAGGCUAGAAUAGAAUAAGUGGUUUUGUUCACUUGGGAAAGUCACGAGGAGACUCCAAAAAGCUGGGUUAACACUUCACAGCUCUCACUGGAACUUUGGAGGUUGACUUUUGACAAUCCAUGGACACGCAAUAGACACAUUUGCCUUGUAACUUCCUGGAAAAGCUCCUGACCUGCUGAAAGUUCAACAGCUCAUGACUGCACACUGCAAAAACAGAAAAAAGCAGAGCACCUUUUAUCUUUUACAUUUUUCUUAUGGAACGCCACAUGGCAUAACAUAAUUUGCUCCCACGGACCUAAUCUAAUCAAAGUUUGUCAUCUUGUCUAAUCUGUAACAAAUUACCUCCUAAUCCUUUAAUGUUAGAGCCAAAGUUUUUAAAAAAAGCAACAAUGGAAUCUUCAUUUCAAACUCUCUGAUGAACAUACUCUACAAUAGCCACAGCCUGGAAUAACCCACCUUUUUUGUUUGUUGUUGUAUGUGUUUUUUUUGCUUUUUGAAGAUGGUCUUCUUCUGACCGCACACUGAUUAUUAAACUAUGUGCAAAAAUAUGACUGAACACUGAGAUCUGGUUUUAUUACUUACUUACUUUGCAGCUAUGUGGCAAAGCUACCCUGCAGAUGGCCGCACAAUAUCUUGUGGGUUUUUAGCUUCAGCCUGUUGCAUCUGGAUCUCACGUAUACACCACUGCAUCACCCGAAGUACAUCCAUAGAAUCUAUUCUGUCUAUCUCUGGGAUUUACAACUGUUGAAUUACCAAGGAAACCUGCAAAAUUAUCGCAAUACUCGACCUGGAGGGAUCCCUUGCACUGAUGCUUCAAUACACACACACACACACACACACACACACACACAAAAUCAGACAUUCACACAAACAUUUCCUCUCCCUCUCCGCAUGCAGUGCCACACAUACAGUUCAAGGCACAAAGGUCAGGGAACAUCAUCUAAUACUGAACAACACCGUUCAACAUUUGGCACGGUCUUCUUAGCUACACUGGAUGACUUUUUUCUCUAAGGACACACUAUUUUUUCUAGUUAGUACUUUCUUCUUCACUGGAUUUCAUACUGUUUUUUAUAGUAUCCUCCUUUCGUCCUACGUCAUACUGUUUGGAUCUUAAACUGUGAUUGCACCAGCUUCCCAAUGCUCUACUUUCUGGUCUUUCUGUUGUGUUUCUGUUCAUAUUAUACAGGCUGAUGUGAGUGGAUGACAAACCAGUUUUAGACAGGCAGAAUAUGCCUGUAAGUGUUUUUUAAAUAGACUGUGACCCAAACAAUUCUAUCAGGGUUUAAGAUAAAGAAACGUAAUUACCUUGAUUACAUCUUAAAAUACAAAGCCAAACUUGGGGUCUAAAUCAGCUCCUUUACCCUUCCUCUCCUAGCUGUUGUACUAACAGUGUGCAACUUCAGUCUAGUAACCAUUGCAGCUGUGUGCAAAUCUGAAUGUAGCUUGACAUCAUAGUAGAUCAUUGGUCAGCUGUGUUGGUCUGUUUUCCUCUUUCUCCCUCUUGUGUGGGGGCAAGACAAAUGGUGGAGUUUACUGUUUUCUAAGUCCCCCGUGCUCUGAAAAAUGAAGACAAACUACUGCACAGUGUGUCGAGCCUCGCAAAGCACCACUUGUUUUAAGAAUGAGGGGGUGUAUUGCAGUCCUAAAAGGCCUUUGUAUGUAAUUCAAUGAGACAAGUUACAGGGAGCAGAGUGUCCCUACCCUUCAGUUACAGUAAAGAAAGGGGUUUUCGUAGGAAAGACAUUUGAGAGAUCCCAGAUUUCUCUGAUCCUAACCACAGAGGUACCAAUGACACCAAGGGUCAUUCUAGUUCAUGAUAGCGUUCCAUCUCAUUUAGAAUGUGAGGAUUGAUCCAGAACACUGCUCCGGGUUCAGAUAUCUUUUCAGCCCCCUGACAGUGUAGUGCAGGACAGGCCAUGGGGUAACCUGAUCCCAGGUCUGCAGUAAGUGUGCUUCUCACCCGAUAAAAAGGACAGGCUAUAGGUCAUUUGGGAGGAAGAAAAAACUCACGUGACUUAUUGUUUUCUCUGCCUAGACUGUGCUCUUCCCUCUCUUGAUUUAAUAUGCAAUCACUUGUAUUUACUCUUUUUUUGCAAAAGAGUGAUUAGUUGGAAAAGGAUGGUGACUAAAGGUAACUUUUUGGUAAUUGAAAUGGGCAACAAUCUAAACCUUUAAAGCAUUUCUGGUAAAAACAAAAAGAAAAGAGUAUUUUCUUCAAACAGCAGUGGUGAUGCUUGUGGAUUGUUGACCAGUCCAAAAAUCAUAAUUUUACAUUAUGACACUGCCACCAAUCAAAUGAUACUAAUGUUAAGAUUAAGAGUGAGUGGGGAGCUAUGACCUGGGUCAUUAUGCAUCAUAUUGUAACAGGUUUUGUUGAGAUAUGGCGUCCUCCUCGGUUGAUGUCCCAUCUGUCGGAAUUUGGUGUGUAAAUAGAACUUGUUUCAAAAUGUUCCCCAAGUCUAACAGUGAAAAUUGACGUUGAACCCUUAAAGGACCUUGAUCUUGUCAGGAUUUAGAGAAAUGGCGGACCCAAAAAUGCAGACAACAGGGCAGUGUUGAGUUUGAGGAUUUAAUAAAUAAAAAGGGAUACAACAAAAAUAGUCCUGAAGUAAGCAGGCAAAAGUAGUUCCAAAAAAACAUUGAAGAAACAAAAGACCAGGCAUCAAAAUACACUGGAACACCGAGACAAAAGGGGUAGAAAUACACACAAUGGCGGGAAAACACAAGGCAG